AAAAUUGGUAUUAUUUCUUUGGUUGCAUAUGAGUAGGAAACCAGGCAUGAAUAAGAAAAAGGAUUUAUUGAAAGUUAUCGUUAGUGAUGUUGCAAAUGUAAACCCAAGCGUGUUUUACGUACAUUUGGUGAAAGAACGUCAACUUUUGACGAAGCUUCAACAUGAUUUAAAUCAAGUUUAUUGUCAAAGCUGGAAAAGGAAGUUUCGUUUCGAGAAUAAGAUAAAACCUGGAGACACAUGCGUUGCGUAUUAUCUACCAGAUCACUUGUGGUACAGAGCUGAGAUCAUAAAUGUUGACAAAAACACUGCACAGGUUGUUUACUUGGAUUAUGGGAACCUGGGUGAAGUUGAUGUUGAAGAUUUACGCAAACUUAUUUCUCCUUUUGAUCAGUUGCCGUUUUAUGCCCUAAAAUGUUCAUUAUACGGGAUAUCACCAUGUGUUAGUGAUGGUGUCACCAAUGUUGAUACUUGGUCUUCUGCUGCCAAGUGUUGGUUUGAGGAAUCUUUAUUGAACAAAACAUUUUCUGCUUAUUUCCCUUUUCGAAAAAUCAGAAGUUCUAUGGGAGUUUCUAAGAUUGUUCUAUUCUACCCUGACUUGUCUAAAACGGUGCAAGACGUCAUAGUUUCACUUGGUUUUGGUUUCAAAACAGAAGACAGUUGCAAAGAACCUUUAGAUUUAGAGAUUGGCAGCAGUUCCUCGUCAUUAAAACUCUCAGAUCUAUCAUCUACUGAAUACAGGUCCUUUUGCAAAUCAAGCGAAAAUAUUUUGACUGCUGGUUCUCUUCCAAAUGAUAUCACAUGUGAUGAUUUCCAAAGCCAGUUUGAGACACGGAGCUUGCCUGUUGUUUACCCAUCUACCCAUAUUGGUUCCUUGGUACAAAGAAGUAAUUCAGGAUGUGAAGUGUUUGAAGUAAUGACAAAGAGUAAACAAGAAAGAACUGCGUAUGCCCUGGAAGUUAGUACUGAGCAUGAGAAGAGUUGCAUGAAAGAGGAUUAUUGGGACUUAGAGUCUGCUAAAUUUUAUAAACCAAGAAAAUGCAGAACUGAUCAAUGUUAUAAACCUUUACAAAGCAACUCAAAGAGCAAAAAAGCUACAGGGAAGUCUGAACAAAAUUUUGAGCACAGAAAUAGAACGGAAAUUCCGAUCAUUUUAAAAUAUUGGAAAGAGACAACUACUGAAGAAAUUAACAAACUCAUGGCCAAAAAACAAGUAUCAGAAACAGUGCCUGUAGUUGAUAACCAAAAGAAAGCAGAUGUUUUACUAAGUUCACAACAAACUAAAUAUGCAAAACUCAGUCCAACAACAGUAAGCAUUUUUUCCGCAGAACUACUGAAUAAAAACAACGGGAAAAAGGUCAGAAAUUCUGUGCAAAACAACAACAAAAUUACAAAACGGAACUUUGACAGUGUACCAAGAAGAUUUGAAAAAAGAUUUGCAAAUCAGAAAAGUGUUUUUGGAAACACAAAGAAGGAAGAAAAUCCAAAGCAUGGGGUUAAAAAUACAAGUCAAAAAGAAAACCAAAAAAGUGCUGUGAAAAACACAAAGCAAGAAAUUCAAAAAGGGUUUGUUAAAAAUUCAAAGCAGGAUGAAGAACAAAAAAAUAUUGUAAAAAGUUCUAAGCAGGAAGAAACUUCAGUUGUGAGGCCCACAGGAACAAUAAUAAAUUCUAUUAAAAAUUCAAAACAAGAAGAAAAUCAAAAAAGUGUUGUUAAAACCACAAACCAAGAAAAGAAUUCAGUUAUGAAGCUAACAGAGAAGACACAAAACUCUGGUAAUAACACAAAAGAAGAAGAAAAUAUGAAUGUAAUGCUGAGUGAGAUACCCCAUGCUGACUACAUGGACAUAAAAGGUAAAUUCGACAGGGAUAAAAGUGUACAAGAAAAAUAUCCAACACCAAAUGCAAUCAGUAAAUCUGGAGAGCUUACACCAGCAAAAAAUGAUACAAUUGCCGAAGUAGCACAAACAGUUGGGACUUCUACAGGUCAAUGUACUCUAAGUGUUGAACCAAGUAGAGGGACAACUGGAAAAAAAGAGAAAUUAUUUUUAGAGCAAAAUAAAAUUUCUGGCGACAAUCAGUCUCACAAGAAACUUGAUGAGGUUGAUGCAUCUAUUAUUAAAUUAAAUGAAGAUAUUUGUCCCAUCAUGGAUCUUCCCGACACUAAUUCAGAGAAGAAAAAUAAAUCGAUAAAAAAUGAAGAUUUAGUGAACAAAGAUCUAGUUAAUGUUGUUGUUUGCGAUGUAAACGACCCAAGUUUUUUCCAUGUUCAACUUUCCAAUGCGAACGAAACAUUGGAAAACCUUCAAAGAGAAUUAAAUGAUUUCUACUCAGAGACCUGGUCAAAAUCUCUCAGUUUUUCCACAAUGCCAUUGAAAAAUACCGUGUGUGCUUCAUUGUAUGUUGAUGGUGAAUGGUACAGAGCUAAGAUUAUAAAAUUUAAUAAAAAAGAUGAAACAAUUUUGGUCAGUUAUAUUGAUUAUGGAAAUAUCUGUUAUGUGAAGAUGGAGGAUUUGCGGCACAUUCAUUGCAAGUUUUUUGAUGUGCCUUGUCAAGCAAUACCUUGUUCUUUACAUGGUGUCGCACCAGCAACACACAGGUCUGGUGUAGUAAAUGAAACUGGUUGGUCAGAAUUCACCGUUUCAUGGUUUGACCAACAUACUCUUGGAAAAGAAUUUUCGGUCAAAUUUCACGACACAAGUGAUCGUAAUACAACUGAAGUGACACUCUACUACACUGACUUACCUCAGAGUGACGUAAAGCUAAAAAGUGUAGCUGACACAAUGGUGGUACUUGGCCAUGCAAAUUUUGACAACGAAACUUUAGGUAAAGUUAAUACCAAUGAAUCCUGUUUAGAUCAAUGCCAAGCCAUUACCAAAGCCAAGGUACAGUGUGAAGAAAAUGAAACCUAUUCAAAUACAAAGUCACACGUUUCAUUAAAUAAAUCACCUUGUGAAAGUAUACAUGAAAAUGAAUUGAUUUGUUCACCUUUGGUUGUGCCACCGAUAAAAAAAGACAGGCCUACAAAACAAAUGGAAGUUGAAAGCAAUGAUGAUUUUAACAGUUUUAUAUUUUCUGAAAGAGAAGAGGUGGACAGAUCACUCAUUUCCACUACCAAGGUUGAGUUACCAAGCGAAACUAGUUCUCCAACUAAUGAAUGUUUAGACGAAUUUAAAACUGAGGUUUCAGACACAAACUCAAAGCAGACAAGCACACGAACCACUCCAACUAAACCACCAUCAACACCAACCGAUGAUAUGGUGAAAGUCAAACUAUCCAUGGUGGAAAAUCCUUUCUCUUUUCAAAUUCAAAUUGAAGAGGAUCAAAGCAGUCUUGACCGGUUCCAACAGGAAUUAAACUUGUUUUACUCCCAACCUUGGACCAGUAGAUUGCAGUUUAAAGAUUUCCCAAGUUAUGGGACUCGUUGUGUGGCUUUGUGCUCUGAGGUUUGGUACAGAGCAUUUAUUCUUGGUUUUCAAAGUUCCACCAGUGUGAAGGUUCACUUAUUGGAUUAUGGACGUAGUAAAACUGUAAACAAAGAUGAUAUUUGUCCAAUUUCAAGUCAAUUCACAUCAGAACCACCUUUUUCUAUUCAUUGCUGCUUAUAUGGGAUUCAACCAUAUAUGAAUGAUUGGGACAACACAAACAACAUACUGGGUAUAUCAUGCACAUCAUGGUUUCAAUAUCACACGGAUAAACAUGAGAUCAUGGCACAGUUUAUUCCAUUACCUGAUGAAGACAACCCUGUUUGUACUCAGCUCUAUUUCUCUACAAUUGACCAGAAUGGAAACAAAUUACUAUGGAACAUAUCCCACAUAAUGAUGUUGCUUGGUUUGGCUCGUAUUGAUCAAGAUAUAACUCAAUCAAUAAAGUUACUUGAUGAAAAUAUUGGUUCAAGUUCUCUCUCACCAACUUCAUGCUUCUCUAAAGAAAGUGAAUAUUCUGUGGAUGUUUUGAAAGAUUCUGGUGAAAAUGAAAAUUCGUUUUCAAAUGUUCAGAAAUAUCUGGCAGAUUCACUGCCACAAUAUUGGAACCCAAUGGCGGAAGAUUUUAAUUCGAAUCGAAAUAACUAUGCUACAAACACCGACGAUGCAUGUGUGGCAGUGGAAAACGUGGACACUUGUGCAAAAAUCUGCAAGUAUUAUCAGAAAGGAGAUUGCUGGAGGGGAGAUAAAUGCGCAUGGGAACAUAUACCAUGUAAUACACAACUUCUUGCUAACCAAUCCACCAAGGUGUUAUCAUACCAUAGUAUGUCCCAUGAGACGUUAGAAGCGGAUACUUGUGCCAUUGUACGUGUCAUAAUGCUGCUUAAGGACAGAGACUUUUAUGCUCAUGUGAUAAAAAAAUCAACGACAAACUUUACACAAGAUUUCUCUUUGGUGCCUGAAAAGUUGUUGGAGUUGACAAAAGAUAUGAAGACCUAUUAUUCAAAAAAUAGAAGAAUGUUUGGCCCUGUAGCUCCCACAUGUGGUGAAAUGUUUGUCGUCAUUCAUGAAUUAACAUUUUGUCGGGUUGCCGUGUUACAACUGAGUUCUUUUACCAGCAUCAGAGUAAAGGUUUACUUGGUAGAUUAUGGGACAACACUCUGGCUUAACACAGACAAGUUGCUUCCAAUGGUUGAAGCUUUUAUUCAUCUGCCAGCACAAGCUGUUCAUUGCACAAAUAUAUUUGAACAUUCAAUUAUUAAAAAAGUGGCCAACAUGGAGACUUAUGCAGUUCGAGUUUGGGAAAGUUUGCCAGUUGUGGAUUCUCCGGUUCCACUUACACUGUUGUUCAAAAUUUCCAAUUAGUGAAUUUAGUUUGCCUUUUUUCUUUCUGUUUUAGUUCUUAAUCAUGUUUUUGUUUAUAUAGUGGUCUUUUAAUUUUUACCUCAUUUUUUUGUAUGCCAUUUUAUCAUGUUUCAUUUCUUUUGUUCCAAUUUCGUUUAUCAGUAUUUUCUUUCAUCUGUUUUCGAACCAAAAAAAUAAACAAAGGAAUGACUUGUAGUGUGUGAUAUACAGCA